ACAGGCCCCAUCGAUUCAACACAAAUGCACACAUAAGCAUUUACUAAUAAUAAAGCUCUGUUUGUAUGUCAUUUUCAUGGAGUUCUACCGCUAACACAUAUGGAGUGUCAAGAGGAAAAGCCGAUCAUCUACACCAUGGAAAACAAGCCGAUUGUGACAUGUGCUGGAGACCAGAGCUUGUUUACCUCUCUGUAUACCUCAUUGGCCCAACAACUUCCCAGGGAGCCAAUGGAGUGGAGGAGGACAUACGGCCGUGCACCAAAAAUGAUCCACCUUGAAGCUAAUUUUGUCCAGUUUAAAGAGGAGCUGCUCCCAAAGGAGGGCAACAAGGCUCUCCUCACCUUCCCCUUCCUCCACAUCUACUGGACUGACUGCUGUGACACAGAAGUGUACAAGACGUCAGUGAAGGAGGAAAUGAUGCGCUGGCAGAACAGUCUUCGGACGCACAGCUCAGCAGACUGGGUCAUCAUUGUAGUGGAGACCAACGACACAAAGAAGAAGAACAAGACCAACAUCUUGCCCAGGUCGUCCAUUGUGGACAAGAUCCGCAGUGAUUUCUGCAACAAACAGAAUGACAGGUGUGUGGUGCUGUCAGAUCCUCUGAAGGACUCGUCUCGCUCUCAGGAAUCCUGGAAUUCCUUGUUGCUGAAGCUGCGAACUCUCCUCCUCAUGUCCUUCACAAAGAACCUGGGACGUUUCGAGGACGACAUGCGAACGCUCCGAGAGAAACGCACCCAGCCGGGCUGGAGCUUCUGUGAAUACUUUAUGGUCCAGGAGGAGCUGGCAUUUGUCUUUGAGAUGCUGCAGCAGUUUGAAGAUGCCUUGGUUCAGUAUGAUGAACUAGAUGCUCUUUUUACACAAUAUGUCCUUAAUUUUGGUGCUGGAGAUACGGCAAACUGGCUGGGUUCAUUCUGCGCCCCAGUGAAGAGCUGGAGCGGCUUGCUGCUCCGGCGGCCCAUCGACAUGGAGAAGAGGGAAGGGAUCCAGCGUGGUGAGGCCAGCUUGUUAGACCUGAGGAGCUACUUGUUUUCCCGCCAGUGCACCUUACUCAUCUUCCUCCAGAGGCCCUGGGAGGUGACACAGAGAGCCCUGGAGCUUCUACACAACUGUGUACAAGAAUUACGCCUUUUGGAGGUGUCAGUACUGGAGGGGGCUCUGGACUGCUGGGUGUUUCUGAGCUGUCUGGAGGUUCUGCACAGGAUCGAGGGCUGCUGUGAUCAGGCCCAGCUAGCUGCAAAUUGCUCUCAUACAGUCGGGUUGUGGGCGUACGCUACUGACAAGCUGAAGUCCUUGGGUGAACUCUGUGGCCUGGUGUCAGAGAAAGAGCCCACAUCUGAUGACCUGAACAGGACUGUGGAUCUGCUGGCCGGACUUGGGGAUGAGAGGCCUGAGACUGUAAACAGUUUGCAGAGCCCUUAUAAAAAGCUAAAAGAAGCCUUGUCGUCUGUGGAAGCUUUUGAGAGGCACUAUCUUGAACUGUCUUACGCUGCGAUGGAGAUGUACAGAGCCAUCGGGCGGCUGAGGUCUGCCAGACUGGUGGGGAAAAGCCUGGCAGAGUUUUACAUGAGGAAAGGAGACCCUGAGCGAGCAGAAACCUUCUUACAGGAAGCUCUGAAGUCGUAUGUGUCAGAGGGUUGGAGCCUCCCCGUCACUCACACCAGGAAACAGAUCGCUGAGUGUCAGAAACUGCUGGGCAAGACUGAAGACUACCUGCAGACCAGUGCCUUGUUGGCUGGUGAUGAAAAUCUGACCACGGAGGAGAGGAAGCACUUUUGUCAAGAAAUCCUGAACUUUGCUGGCAAAACUGGAGAUCAGGCCCAAAAAGUGACCCUCAGUCUCGGCGUUUUUGCUCAACUCACCAGGCUUCAGUUCCAUCCAACCACAGCAUCUGUGCACUCAGGAGCUGUCCUGAAGGUGGAGCUCACUCUGCGGUGUUUGAUGCCCGUGUCAGUAAGCAUACAGCAGCUAGCUGCCAGCAUUCACUUCGACUUGGAGCGAGGAGGAACUAACGGGAGGUCAAAGGGAGCUCAGAGGCAAACAAACCCAGGGACAGUGGAGUUUAUCCAGGCUAACUCAUCAGCGGGUCCCCCCUCCUCUUCAGUCUGUCCCUCUUUAGAGCUGGAUGAGAUUCAUGACAGGAGCCCCUCGGACAAUUCUCUGAACUCCACAGGAGUGGUUUGUAAAAACACUCAUUUGCUCAUGCGUGUUCAUGAGAGCAACUCGCCACCGGAUACACCAAACUGUGUCAGCCCCCCGGCUGUGUCCAUGAAGGAAGGAGCACAGAUGUUAAAGGUGCAGGAUGUGACAUUAGAACCAGGGAACAACAGCAUUGUGUUCACGGCACCGAGUGGACAACCAGGAACUUACACACUACGUCAGCUGUUUGCCACUGUGGGUCACGUCCAGUUUGUGCUGCCUCAUAUCUACCCAUCAGUCCAGUAUGAAGUUUAUUCUCAGGAGCCCCAACUCACUGUGGAGCCUCUCUCAGAGCCGCUGUUGGCUGGUCUGCCUCAGAUGGUGAAGUUCACUCUGCUGACGGGUCACUACGCUGUAAAAAAAGGAGACGCUCUGCAGCUCAGCAACACAGACACCAUGCCCAUCCUGCCCUCCAGCAACUGCACCGCUCGCAUCAGCAACCCCGCUGCUGAGCUGGUAGGUGAAAGUGUCUUGUCCAUUCAGUCCUCUGAGAAAGUGACCAGCAUCAGUCUGCCCGCCUGUCAGCCAUACCACACUCUGGAGUUUCAGCUGGAGGUUCUAUGUGUCAUCCCAUCCGGGUCGGACCGGCCACCAAAUGAAAGGCUGACCAAUGGGGAGGUUCGCCAUCGACCACGUAGCUACAGUCAUCCCGACACGCCCAUGACAGCCAUAGAUCAGAGGAUGUCUAUCGACUGUCCAUGGUCGAUUUACUCCACGCUGCUCGCUCUCACCUUCUACAUCCCCUUUAAGACCAAACACUCAUUACUUUCUGCUGGUAACAGGAAGUACAUCCAGGUGUGUGUGCAGAAUGUGUCUGACGUGAGCUUCACGCUGGCUGAAGUGAAGCUGACAGAGAAGCAGCACGCCUCACUGGAGCUGCAGUCCCUCAACACUAAAACACAACAGCUCCUGUGCAGUAAGCACAGUGUGUUUUGUCUAUGGGAGGUGCGGUGGAAGGACGACCUGCCCUCAUGUCUCCAGUGUGUUUUCUCUGCAAACUUCUCUCCGCUCAACCAAGACGUCUCCUCCUUCAAACCUUUCCACUACCAGUUCCAGCUUGAGAGAGUCACUACACUGUACAGUGUGAAAGCAGAGAUCUUUCCUCCUCCUGGGGAGCAGCACUGUCGUUCUGGUCUCCUCUGUGGGCUUGAAGUCUGUAUAACACGACUCACUGAGCCUGCAGAGGGAGAGAUUGCAGAAGACAGCAAGACCGAUACUGAUGGCCUCAAAACCACCAAACUCAUGUAUGAAGUGGCUGACAGCAGCAGUAACUGGGCGGUGUGUGGGAAGAGUUCAGGGAUGGUGUCGAUGCCCAUGACAGCCAGCGCUACCCACAAGGUGCAGAUUGAGGUGAUGCCUCUGUUUGCGGGCCAUCUGCCUUUCCCCAAGAUCAAAGUGUUCAAAUACCUGCCUCACAAUGCAGCUGUGGCCACACAACAAGACCCUGACAGCUGUGUGGAGAACGACAGUUUGUCCCUGUUGGACAAAACGCUGGACGACCAGGCCGACACAGCAAGCAUCCGCAGCCGGGGCAGCGUGCACUCAGUCGGCAGCGGCGACCAGCAACAGAGAGGUGUGGCCAUGCCGCGCCUGGAGCCCUUCAGCCCAGGUCAGGUGUUCAAUCACAGCAACACGCGGCAGGUCUUGGUGCUUCCUGCCACCGACGACCACAUCAUGGAGGUCAACGCUACAUGACCCUGGUGGGGAAACCAAACGGCCCUUUCUUAUCAGACUGAACCCAGAACCUGGACGGACUCUACUGAGCUUUUAUUCCGGGGAGAAUCGGGUCCAUGAGUCCAUGUGGAAGACCGGACUCCUCCCUAAGCAUGAAUCGUUCACAUCACUGGAGACAUUACGGACUAGCACAGUGAAGAGCCAACGACAUCUGCAGACAAGAUUUAAAUAAAGAGUUUUCUUUGCCAUA